AUGAUGACGCGCGCAUGGCAUAGGCUGCGAGGCAAUCGCUCACACGAGUACGCACCGCUACCACUGAGCGAGAAGGAGUCGUACCCAGAACUGAAGCAGCGGUGUCAGGAGCGUUCGCGCUUCACAAUCCUCGGUCUGGUACUGUGCAUAGCCGGCUGCUUGUUCGCUCUAUAUGGCCUCAUUAGCUCCCUGGCCGCCUCGACGAACAGGUCCUGCGACACCAUCAACGAAGGCUUCCGUUGCAGCCCCAAGACGACCCACUUUUGGGGCCAGUACUCGCUGUGGUACUCGGUGCCGUCCGAGAUCAAAGUUGAGCCACCCAAAGGCUGCGAUGUUACCUUUGCAAACGUCCUCUCCCGCCACGGCGGCCGCGACCCCACGGCCGGCAAGUCUCUUGCCUACGCGUUAUUGAUCGCCGAAAUCCAGAACACGAGCACCGCGUUCCCUGACGAGUUCGCUUUCCUGAAGGACUACGAGUACACACUGGGUGCGGAUGAGUUGACGGAUGCUGGAAGGCAGGAGAUGGUGAACUCAGGGGCCCACUUCUUCCGCCGCUACCACAAGCUCGUCAAGAAGCACACCCCGUUUGUGCGCGCUGGAGGCCAGCACCGCGUAGUCGAGUCAGCCGAAGAAUGGCUUGGAGGCAUUGCACAGUCACUGGACGCGAAGCCCAAAAAGGUCGAUGUUAUCAUUCCAGAAGGCACCGAGUGGAACAACACACUUUCUCACGAUGUCUGCCCUGCUUUCGAAGGUGGUCCCAACCACGGCCUCGGCGACAGAGCGCAGCAAGUGUGGGCAUCCAAGUUCGUUCCUCCUAUCCAGGAGCGAGUAAACACAAGGUUGGGCACCAACCUCAGCGCAACCUUCAUCGUGUAUCUGAUGGACAUGUGCCCAUUCGACACACUUGCGCACCCAACCGCAAAGGUUUCAAAGUUCUGUCAUCUGUUCACUGAGAAGGAGUGGCACCAGUACGACUACUUCCAGACUCUCGGCAAAUACUAUGGCUACGGUGUUGGCAACCCACUCGGUGCCACCCAGGGCGUGGGCUACGUGAACGAGCUGCUGGCCAGGCUCCAGAAUAAGCCUGUCGACGACAACACGAACACGAAUCGCACACUCGACUCUGAUCCCGCAACCUUUCCUCUGGAUCGCAAGGUGUACGCCGAUUUCAGUCACGACAACGACAUCAGCGGUGUCCUUGCUGCCCUGGGGCUCUACAACCAAACGAAGCCGCUCUCGAACACGACCAUACAAAGCACCAAGGAGACUUACGGUUACUCUGCCGCGUGGACCGUGCCUUUUGCAUCAAGGAUGUACGUCGAGAAGCUACAGUGCAGCGGCGCGAAAGAAGAGUUCGUACGCAUCAUUGUCAACGACCGCGUCCAGCCUCUCGAGUUCUGUGAUGCAGACAGGCACGGCAGCUGUACAUUGAGCAAGUUCGUGGAGAGCCAGAGCUUUGCCAGGAGCGGCGGCUUGUGGACCCAGUGCUACGAGUAA